UGUGGUGGUGACGUGGAGGUGUUCCAUCCGAUGGAGCUAGAACGUUCACAGAAUACGGGACUACCAAUACGUGGUACAGUGGUAAUUGUUUUUGGCGGCAAAGACACUGUGACGGGAAUACAAGCGGUAGAAGGGGGAGAUCACUUCCUUGUGCAUGGGGAAUACUACUGCUGUCUGCUCCAUCAGUCGUACCUCGUUGAAGGUGGUGUGGCUCCAGAACAUCGUAUAUUGCGAUUACCAGCUCCUAUUCGAUCGCUCAACGUGGAACGACACGGAAAGAACGACCUUCUUCUCUCAUUUCUUCUCGAAAAUGGAGUAUUCCACUACAGUCUUAGCACUCAUAUGGAGGAUUCAACCUUUGAAUGUUUACAGUGCUAUCGUUGCACACGACCCAUCCAAUCUGGGCUUCUGUGGCGAGAUGGUGGAAUCCUUCAUGCAGCGUACUACGACGGUUUUGUCCGCGUCGGAAUUAUCGUCGAAGAACGACCCAUCCAGUCUGGGCUUCUGUGGCGAGAUGGUGGAAUCCUUCAUGCAGCGUACUACGACGGUUUUGUCCGCGUCGGCAUUAUCGUCGAAGAGUACGAUGACAUGCUUCUUGUCCAGGCGAGGAUUUAA